AUGUCUACACGGGUGGUCUCGCGCAACAAUAUCUCUCCACACAUCCAUCGCCUUCCACCAGAACUACUCAUGCCAAUCUUCUACGAUGCUCAGCGGCGCCUUCGCGACAUCCGAUUCGCCCAUGUCUGUCGUUAUUGGCGUGCAGUUCUGCUGUCCAUGUUCGAAUUCUGGGUCUCCACGCUGACGCACCUCAAGAUCUCGUCCCGCGGUGUGGCCCACGAGCUGCUCACACACUGCCUCUCCUUGUCCUCGCCCCACCCUAUCAAAGUGCGCGUGGAAUUCACGGGACAGUCGGAGUACGAGCUUCUCGCCCCGCACGCGCCUCGUAUCGUGAAGCUGUCCGUUCGGUUGGAGGACCAUGAUGCCGUGCGGGCCUUCGAAGAACUACUUACGAAUGGUCUACCGCACCUCGAAAAUCUUCGUUACGAGUGCCCACUCGUCCUCGGGCGCCUCCAACCCUGGAAACCCGUAGCACGUCUGCUCUCAGACUUCUCGCUCCCGGCACUGCGCCGACUGGAAAUUCAUGGCGCCUUCCCUCUGUUUAUGUGCGUAAAAGACACUCUAGAACAUCUCGUCUUGUAUGGCCGACCACACAGAAUAACGCACUGCCGGUACGCGCUGGCCCGUUGCCGAUCCCUGCAAUCCUUGACGCUGCGAGCCUACGAAAUGGACACUCCCUGGUCAUCGCCAUAUCAUAGUGUUAUAAUGCCGAUCAACCCCGAUGAGCUUCCGCCCACGUACGACGUUCCCCACCUCCGCCGCGUCUCCGUCGACUUCAUGGCGAUCGACAUACUGGAUACUCUCACGGGACAGCUCAACAUGCCCCAGCCCGAAUCUCUUCACCUGAGUUACAGCACCAUAAUCGGAUUUAUCCCCGAUAUUCUGGAAUCCGUAUCUGUCCUCAUGCUAUUGCCGACACUCACGCGACUCUACCUCGGGCGCUCUUAUCGUGCACGGCGCGUGGACCUGCUUGGGUACUUGGACACUCACCUGGAGCGCCUCCAUAUCUCUCUCUGGCGCGACUGGGCUGAGGGCGAUGCGCUCGUACGGCUCCUCGACGGGUUCAGGGCCUCCAAGGUGACGGCGCUCGCAGUCGACCUACCGCGCCUCUCGUCCGUGUUGGAGCAGAGCGCUUGGGGGCAACCGUGGGCGAGCGAAGACACCAUCUACGAUGUGUGCGCGCACGCGCUGACCCGCACGCUCCGUCGGAUGGAGUUGCUCGGGGGUAUGCCGGCCUCGGCGAAGGUGCGCUUCGCGCGAUGGUUCGUGCGCGCCGGGGGAGAGGAUAGGCUGCCCCCGAGCGUACUUACGCUCUGCUGGGUGCUCGACGUCGCGCGUGGGCAGGCGCGUGAGCAAAUGGCACGCGAGGAGCUGGAGAUGCUGAGGAAGCUGCUCGAGGAGUUUCAUAUUGAGGGGUGUCGGCUAGGCCGGCUGGAGCUAUAUGGUACUCUGCAGAGCGAGAUCAUCUCCACUCGUGUGGAGGAGGUGAGUACGAACGUCCAGCGUUGUACGGAGGUCGCGGGGGCGUUCGUCCCGCACUUUGAAAAGCUAGUAGACGUAGUUACUCUCGUAUAA